AUGCCUCAAGAGAUCACCAACGCCCCUCCCAUCAUAACCCCGCAGGGUGCCCAGUGCACGACAUGGACCCCCAUCCCGUUCUAUUCCAAGCUCGCUAUCCCCGAGCUCUUUGCCUUCCACUACGAGCAUAGCCCUGACCACCCUGUCUUCGGCUACCUUGACGAAGCCGACAACUACGUCGAGAUCAAGCACAAGGACGUCUACCCCGCCAUCCGUCGCGCAGCCAAGUUCGCCGUCGACAAUGUCCCUUUCACAGCCACCCGCGAGCAGCGUCCUAUCAUCGCCAUCCUAGCGCACUCAGACACCAUCACCUACGCAACACUGGUUCUCGGAGUCAUACUCGCUGGAUUCACGCCCUUCGCGGUGUCCGCACGCAACUCCCCCGCGGCCGUGGCGCACCUCGCCCGCCAGACGGGGGCCCGCGUCCUCUUCGUCAGCCCGGACCAGGAAUGCAGCGCCUCGCGACAGAGGCCACACGAUCAUGCGGUCGAGCUUCGCCUGAUGCCGACGUUCGAGCGUCUGUACGGCACGGAGGCCCAGAAGCACGGGCAGAUAGACAUGGCGCCGUUCGACAUGGAAGACACAGCGAUUAUUAUCCAUUCAUCUGGAUCUACCGCCUUCCCGAAGCCCAUCCGCAUCUCCCAGAAGCUAAUGGCGUUCUGGGCGCAGUCUAUGUGGUAUCAGCAGUAUGAUUUCUGUGGCAUUCGAUUCAGCACCCAGUCUCUUCCGAUGUUCCAUGUCAUGGGAUGGAUGAACUUGUCGUGGAUGCUUGGAGCGGGGUUCACGACGGUCAUGUUCCGCCCUACCUCGCCGCCCAUCAUGCCCACUCCAGAUGGUGUCAUGAAUACCCUCGUGAAAACGAAAUGCAGAGGGUUGGCUGUCGUGCCUGCAUUUAUUGAGGCGUGGUCCCGCGACCCGAAGACGCUGCCGACUUUACAGGAACUUGACUUUGUGAUCUAUGGCGGCGCUCCGCUCAACAAAGAUGUAGGACACGAGCUCGUGCACAAGAACGUCAAGAUUAUCUCGGGAUACGGCAUGACCGAAAUAGGGAGUGUUGCCCAGAGCUACCGCACCUCUCAGUACCCCGACGCUGCCCCCGGAUCUGCUAAUCCAGACUGGCAGUAUCUUGCCGUGUUGGAGCCUAUCAAGUACCACCGCGCGUAUGUUGAUGACACCCCGGGUGUGUUCGAGCUCGUCAUCGUCGAGUCUGACACGUGGGGGGCCUCGGUGUACAACACCACCGUCGACGGGAAGCGCGCUUUCAAGACGAACGACCUCUUCGAAGAGCACCCCUCGGACCCUCGGGCCUUCCGAUCUUCGGACGCGCGGACGAGCAGAUCAUGUUGUCUACAGGAGAAAAGGUCUGCUUUGUUUAUCUCAGCUUUGCAUCAACGGGAUCAUCAUCCAACCUGCCCCUGGGCACGCCUUGACCCUGCGGACGACUCUGCGCUCGAGGCGUUCCGCGCCUCCGUCUGGGACACUGUGGAGCGCGCGAACAAGCACGCUCCCGCACAUUCACGGCUGUUCAAGGAGCUCGUCAUCGUCACCCACCCCGACAAACCUUUCCAACUGUCUUCGAAGCGCCUUCCUCGGCGCCAGAUCUGCAUCGACGAUUACGCUGCCGAGAUCGAAGAAGCAUACCGUCGCGUUGCCGAGUCCUCACAGGCAGACAUCGAGCUCCCCAAAGACUGGACGACCUCCGGGGCCCGGCUCUGGCUCAGUGACGUCGUUGCAAAGGUCCUUGGACAUGCCGUUGGGAACGAUGACGACCUGUUCCAGCAGGGACUCGACAGGUGCCCUGCAGGGACCUGGAUCCGCAACACCGUCACUCACGCGCUUCAUACCUCGACCCCGUCCGCGGCUCACGCGGUCGUCCCUGCCAAUCUCGUGUAUGCUCAUCCGACCAUCACGGCUCUUGCAGAGGUCGUUUCGACCUUGGCGGCAGGGGAAGACGGAGUGCGCGAUCCUGCAGGAGAGCGCGCGGCCCGGACGGGGAAGAUGGGCGAACUUCUGACAAAGUACAGCGCGAAGUGGCCCCCGGCCCAGUGGACACCGCUCGAAGGAGCACCUCUUGGGGGAGAGCUGGAGGUGGCUCUCGUCACGGGGACGACGGGCCGGCUGGGCGAGGUGCGGAAGAUAUACGCGCUCAACCGCGGCGCGGCGGACAAAGCGAGGGGCAGGCAGACGGAUGCGUUCAAGACGUGGGGACUCGACUCCGCGCUUCUUGAGAGUGCGAUGGUCCAAGGCCGGAUCGUAUUCUACGAGGCGGACUUGACGCGGGGUGACCUCGGACUGGGCGCGGAAGUGUUGCAGGAGGUGAAGGACUCCGUGACCUCGGUAAUUCACAACGCGUGGCGCGUCGACUUCAACGUCUCUCUGCCGUCCUUCGAGCCCCUUAUCGCAGGCGCUCGUCACCUCCUCGACGUCGCGCUCGGGUCUUCUGUCCCAGGCGGACCUAAAGUCAUCUUCAUCAGCUCCAUCUCGGCUCUAAUCAACCAGGCCAUCGGUACUCCCGCGCAAGAGAGCCUCACGUACGGCCCAGAAAUCGCCGUCGGCCUGGGCUACGGCGAGAGCAAGUGGGUGACGGAACAGCUCCUCGGACGCGCGGCUACCGAGACGGGUCUGCGCACGAUAGUGGCCCGCGUCGGGCAGCUGAGUGGAGACCGCGCGGUGGGUGGAUGGGGCACGAAGGAGUGGGUGCCUGCGAUCGCGCGCCUCAGCCAGCUCGUCGGCUGUGCGCCGAUGAAGGAGGACACCGUCGCGUGGCUCCCGAUCGACGUCGCCGCGGCGUCCGUCCUCGAGUUCCUCACCGCACCGCAUCCCGAGCGCACCACGCCCGUGUACCACGUCACCGCGCCUUACCCGGUGAUGUGGGCGGACGUGCUCACGCCCAUGGCCGCGCGCCUCGGAGUGCCGCUCGUCCCCAGCGCGGAGUGGGUCGAGAAGGUGAAGGUGGACGCGAGCGCGCCAGGUCGGAAGCACGAGAGCGCGCACGAGCUCGUCGGCUUCUUCGAGGUCACGAUGGCCGGGCGCGAGACGCUCUUCGCGACGGAGCGCGCGGAGGCGGCGGCGCGCACGCUGCGGGAAAUGACGCCGUUGGGUGAGGCGGACGUGGAGCGGUGGCUGCGGUACUGGGCGGGGGUCGGGUUCUUGGAGGUGUGA